AUGGCACGUCAACAGCUCGAUCUCAGUGAUCAGGCUUUUGUACUGAUCAAUGCUCCUCUCAUCUUCGUCAGCCUCACUGCGAACAUCUUCUACGCGUGUUGUUUGAUCUCCCUGUCGCACAGCCGACAGAAACUCAAGCAGCCGUUGAAGACCAUUCUGGAAUGUCUUGACCGUAAAGACUUAAAAUGGUUUGCCGUGUCCUGGGUGAUGGUGCUGUACUUCAUGAACAACAGCAUGAUGUGUUACGUUCGGCUAAACUUCUACUACUAUGUCCAGAUUGUCCCUGCACGUCGAGCUCUUUGGAUCUGGUUAAAGAGGAACAUAAAGUCCUUCAUGAUCUGGGCCUUUCUUCUCGACCAGAUGGUUCUUCUGCUCAACGUCAUUGCGAGUGUGACAAGUCAAUGUUUCAAGAGCUACCCUAACAGCACAAGGACAGAAUGUAGCUCUGACCUGGGCUUCUUCAACUUUGUUUGUUUCUACAUCUUCAUGGCUUACAUCCUGGUGUGUCUGUGUGUCACGAGCGUUUCUAGCUUCUCAAUGAUCCUUUACCUCUACAGACACAUUAGAAACGUGGCACUGAGCGGCAGCUGCUUCAACGCGCCGAGGAUUCAAAGACAUAUGAGAGUAGCGGUCACUGGGGCCUGCCAAGGAGCCGUGUACUUCCUCUAUGCCAUCUACUACCUCUUUACCUCAUUCAGUGAAGUCUACUCGUCGAACUUUUUCUUAGGUUACUGGGCCCUUUUCACUGUCACCUCACUGUUCAUAUCAGGCACCACGGUCAACCUGGGGAUCGGUCAGGCUGUAUUCAGGCAAAGGGCAGUCAGAAUGUGGACGGCACUCAAAGCACUGUGUAAAGUUGGCAUGGUAACAGGCGAUGGCCAGCUGACAUCGGGUUAA